GCUCAGUCCUUUGUCACUGUCAUUGUCAUUGUCAUUGCAGUAGCACUUGCAUUUUAGUAUUGCAUUUAGUAUCGCAUUGUGUGAGACAAGACAUUGGAGUGAAACAGCGAACGAACAGCAAAUCGCAACAAGAAGAAGAAGAAGAACAGCCGAAAACAGCCGACAGCCGCACUUUUGAAUCAUGAUGAUGCAGACCAUUGACUCGACACUGCUGUCGGCAGUCGAACAAGAGCUCCAGCGAGCGACGUCAACAACAACAACAGCAGCAGGAGCAGGAGCAGCAGCGGGGUGGGCGAGUAGCGCGAUGGGACCAGCAAAGCGAGGAAGACCGCGCAAGGAACGAACGCUCGCGCCAGCAACAGCCACAGCCAGAGCAAGAGGUGGAGCAUCGCAUCCCAUCCCCAUUGCCCCACUCACAGCAAUGCCAUUAUCAUCAUCAUCAUCAUCAUCAUCAUCAUCAUCAACGAUAAUACCAUCCAGUGCAAGUAGCUGCAAACCGCGCGUGCUGCUGCCUCAGCCAACAAUCACUGUUGCUGCUCCAUUGCAACAACUCAGGCUCCAAGCAAUUCCCCUCCACGCCAUCGCCCAAGCUGCGCCGUCUGCAGGUGUGUGUCUAGUAGUCCCGUCCAGCAACACCCAGCCGCAUCCGGAGCCGCCCGUCAGCUACUUGACACCAAUCUCCGAGCGUUCUUCUUUGGCUUUGGCUGUGGCGCCGCCAUUGCCAAAACCGCCAACCACGCGCGGGCUGGACAUCCCAAGCCACAGCGCUGCAUCGCCCGCCGGUUUCAACGAGGGCGUGCGUGCUCAGUCGCCCGGCGCUGGUGUGCGGGACAACCGCGUCAAGCUGGCACACGUCGCGUCUGAGAAGCGAAGGCGAGACUCGAUUCAGGUCGGAUUUGACGAACUCCGCACGGUCGUGCCGGAUUGCUCGUCGUGCUACUCCAAGGCGUCGGUGCUCCAGCGAACGCUGUCGUACAUUCGCACCUUCCAGCGAGCAAACGGACGCGUUUCGGGCGCUGUUCCAACAGCGCCAGCAGCAACCGAAGAUUUACACAAGCAACAACCGCCACUGCACCAUCACGGUGCUCCCAACCAGGUCGCAGACGCACUCCUCCAGCAGCAGAAUGCCAUGAUUGCCGUCCUUCGCGCAUCGCCCUUCCUGUCCGAGGCCCAGCAAAACGAACUUGUCGCGCAAUUCACCGCCAAGUCCUCUGUCGAUCUGUGGGCCAACAUGCCCAACAAUGCGCCUGCCUUUGCAUCGGGUGCUUUGCGACCCCUCACGCCUGCAUGUUCACUCUCCACUGCCUCAAUGUCGGACGAUGAUGAUGAGCCGGCGACUCCGUCCAGUUUGUCAGACUAGAUCCGUGCAUGUCGAGAGUUUUUGUGUUUUCUUUUUCUUUUUGUUGUUAAUACAGUACAAUAAUAGACAUUCAUUUCCAG